AUGUCGAUGGACUUGGAUGAGGGAGUCCCUUUCUCGGACUUUCAUGCGCAGCAGCAGCCAGAAGCAACUAUCCUCUGCUGCAACUGUGGUAGUCCCAUCGAUGGCACUUCAGCUGCUGGUGCUUUGUGCCAUGACUGCAUAAAACUCACGGUCGAUAUUUCCCAAGAUGUUCAACGAGAGUCCACUCUUCAUUUCUGCCGUGACUGCGAGAGAUGGCUUCAACCCCCACAAACCUGGCUCACUGCAGCGCUGGAAUCACGAGAGCUGCUCGCCCUAUGCCUCCGGAAGUUGAGGGGUUUGUCGAAAGUACGAAUUAUCGAUGCUAGUUUUAUCUGGACAGAGCCACACUCGAGACGGAUAAAGGUCAAGAUCACCAUUCAACAAGAGGCUUUCCAGGGAACUAUACUUCAACAGACCUUUGAGGUCGAGUAUGUGGUCUCGACACAGCAGUGCCCCGACUGCGCCAAGUCAUUCACACACCAUUCGUGGCGAGCUUGUGCGCAAGUGCGCCAGAAGGUCCCCCACAAGAGAACGUUUCUGUACCUCGAACAACUGAUGCUGAAGCACCGCGCGCAUCGGGACGCAAUCAAUAUCAAAGAGGUAAAAGACGGGUUAGACUUUUACUUUGCACAAAGGAAUCAUGCUGAAAAAAUGGUGGAUUUCCUUUCAUCUGUUUCACCCGUUAAAGUCAAGAAGUCCCAAGAGCUUAUUUCGAUGGACAUACACACAUCGUCACGGCAGUACAAAAUUACUUUCUCCGUGGAGCUGGUUCCAAUUUGCAAAGAUGAUCUUGUCGCGCUACCCAUUAAACUGGCUCGAUCCCUGGGCAACAUUUCUCCGUUGACGCUGUGCUAUCGAGUUGGCAAUUCUAUCAAUCUUUUGGACCCCAGCACACUUCAAACAGCCGAUGUCCCAACACCAGUCUACUGGAGACAGCCAUUCAAGAAUCUGGCCGACGUGCAAGAACUUGCGGAAUUUGUUGUGAUGGAUAUAGAACCUGUCGGAGAGUCCAAGGGCCGUUUCUUCCUAGCCGAAGUGACCGUUGCGCGGGCAUCCGACCUUGGCGUUAGCGACAGGACCUAUUUCACAAGAACCCAUCUAGGAGGCGUGCUCCACGUGGGCGACUCGGCCAUGGGGUAUCAUUUGACCGGCACAAACUUCAACAACCCCAACUUUGAAGCCAUUGAAGAAAGCAGCCAUUACAGCUCAGCUAUACCAGACGUGAUACUUGUCAGGAAGCACUAUGCCCGCAAGAAGAAGCCCAAGUCGCGAAGCUGGAAGCUUCAGCGUAUGGCUCGCGAAGAAGAAGAGGUUGGCCGCAAGCAAGACCAAGAGCGUGUCGAAGCCGACUUUGAAAUGUUCUUGCGUGACAUUGAGGAAGACCAAGACCUCCGUGGCACGCUGUCGCUAUACAAGACCAAGGACGAGGGCCGCAAAGCAAAUAAAAUGGAUACCACUGGAGAUGGAAACGACAUGGACGAGGACGGCAGCGAUGAUGAGGUGCCUAAGAUCAACAUGGAUGAAUUGCUCGAUGAGUUUGAUGAACUGAACAUGGAAGACGCAGAGUAG